AUGAGUCAUGAGAAAUUUGAUGAAAUUAUUAGAGCUAAGUGGGAUAACAAUGCGCCGCUUAUUCCAUUUCUCAAGCAAUUUGGGGAUUUUCUAUCGGGUUGGAACAGAGAAGUAUUUCACAACAUAUUUCGAAAGAAGUCCAAAUUGUGGGCAAGGCUUGAAGGAAUUCAAAAAAAGCUUGCUUUGCGGAGGGAUCGACAUCUUAUUAAACUUGAGGCUUCCCUGCAUCGUGAAAUGGAUGAUGUGCUCAAUCAAGAGGAGAUGUUAUGGUUCCAAAAAUCAAGUGUUGAGGCUAUACCUGAUGGUGAUAGAAACACGAGAUAUUUUCAUUUGUCAACCAUUAUGAGGAGAAGAAGGAAUCGUAUUGAAACUUUGCAAGACGGUGAUGGAAAUUGGAUUCAAUGCCCUAACCGCGUGAAAUCUAUGGUAGUGAAUUUUUUUGAUUGUGAAAUUAAGAGGGUUCUUAUGGGGAUGAAACCAGUCAAGGCACCUGGGCCUGACAGUAUUCAGCCCCUCUUUUAUCAACAAUAUUGGGACUUGGUGACACCGGGUGUGAUUAACCUAGUCAAGGAUGUGUUGGAGGACAGAGCUUUUCUUAAGGGGUUGAAUGAUGAGUACUUGGUGAUUAUUAAUAGGUUGAAGCCUCUUCUUCCGACUCUUAUUUCCCCCACUCAAUGUAGCUUUGUUCCGCAGAGGCAAAUUACGGACAAUAUUAUUAUUGUUCAAGAGAUGCUACAUAUUGUGAGGCACAAGCAAGGCAAGAUUGGUUUGAUGGCUAUGAAAAUCGACUUCGAGAAAGCCUAUGAUAGGCUAUGUAGGUCAUUUAUUAGAGAAUCUCUUCUAGAACUUCGUCUCCCUCAAGCUAUGGUAGAUGUAGUGAUGAAUUGUGUGUCUUCAGCUAAGCUCCAAAUUUUGUGGAAUGGUGAGCCAACGAGAAGUUUUACCCCUAGUCAAGGCAUUAGGCAAGAGGAUCCAUUAUCCCCUUACCUAUAUGUUAUUUGUAUGGAACGGCUUGCGUAUUUAAUUGAGCAUGAAGUGAAACUGGUUGCUUGGAAGGCAGCGAGGGCUAGUAGAAGAGGACCUGAUAUUUCGCAUCUCGCUUUCGCCGACGAUUUAAUUUUAUUUUGUGAGGCCUCAGUUGAGCAAGCAAUGUGUAUGAAAAGGUGCCUUGAUAAGUUCUGCGCUGCAUCUUCUUUUUAA